UUUAAAAUUUAAAAUGGAACGUUUUUAUUGGUAUAAAUAAUUUGAUGUAAAUUUUCAAUUGUAUAAACAUUUCGUUUACAAGUUCAAUCUAUUGUCGAAUGUGCAAUCAUUUCUAUGCUAAUUUUCGAAGUGAAAGUUUAAUUUAUUUUCUAUUAUGUUAUAUAUUUAGGACAUAAAUCCAAUUUGAAGCUAGGGAAAGAAAUACAUUUCAAGUAAAGAAGUCCACUUUCAAUUGGGCGAUGUUCUCUAUAGUGCAUCUCGACCAUCCCGAAGGAUUUAACAGCUGACUAGCAUCCAAUGGUUGUAGUCAACGACGUAGAGUUGCAGGAGCCAGCCCUGCGUCCGGAAGAUGCCCACUAUCGCACACCUUUAAAACCCAAUACAAGGCAGACACCACAUUAUCGAAGUCGUUACUACAGCGAGGACGACAGAUCGAGCGAUUAUGACUACGAUAGCAGUCACAUCGUUACUAUCACACCCGGUGCACGUUAUGGGAGACCUCAUCCGGCAGUACCACUAUCGGACAUCGUUUAUCCACGGCGUGUGGAAAAAGAGGACGAAUUUACGUGUCUCAGUGCUCUGGGCACUUUGGUGUCGUUGUUUAGCUACAUUGCUGACUUUGGUACCGAUUUGGUCAUCUGUUAUUUCUUCUAUAAAGGUGGUCACCUCUGGUGGCUCGGACUUACGGCUGGUGUAGCUGCUUUAUCGGCAAUUACUGUCAAUAUAAUCAGUUUACGUUGGUAUAUGCACGACGAAAAAGAGAGAGCGACAUGCCCCGAAACGGCGAGACGUCCACAUUUUUCCGCAACUGGAUGGAUGUUUCGUAUUUUAUUCCACUUUAUUUUCUUAGGACCUGUCAUCAGGUACUUGGAUCUACUGAUUUAUGGUAUAAGAAGUCGAAGAAAUGGAAGAAGUCGAUCCGAUCCGAGAGACUGGCAUUCGCGUUUGCCAGCACGAAUUGAACAACCGGAUGACGUGGAUUACUAUCUAUUGAUGGUUCACGAAGACAGAGAUACAGCACUUCUCUCAUUACUUCAGAGUUUUAUGGAAUCGGCACCCCAACUGGUAUUGCAACUGUACUUCUUGGCUCAGAGAGAUAUCCCGGAAAGACAUCAACUUACAGAAUAUCUACAGUUGGCAUCGGUGGCGACUUCUCUCUUCGAAUUAGCCUGGGCCUUAGCAUCUUAUCAUCGAGCCAUACGCCGUUCGUCACCGGAUAAACGAAAUAUGAGCCGUACCGGUACAGCACUACAAUUCCUUUGGCGCUAUUGUACCAUCGGUUCACGUGUAGUAGCCCUGGCACUCUUCGCAUCCGAGUACAAGUAUUGGCUCAUUCCACUAUGCAUCGGUCACUGGGGGGUGAUGUCAGUUUGGGUAAUGCAUCAGCAGACCCGAUUCUGUGAUACCGACACCGGAGAACCACGUCCUUGCCACGAGUAUCUUUUCAACAUGGUCAUCGGAGCGAUAUACCUUUUCUGUUUCUUGAACGUCAAAGAGGAGCCCACAAGACGAAAGUACGCUGCUUUUUACGUCAUCGUUUUUCUCGAGGAUGCAUCUAUGAUCGUAUUGUGGUACCUGAAGUGCGAUACUCAUCUGUGGUACCGUUAUCCCGCUCUAGGAGGUGUGAUCGGUGCUUUCUUCUUAGGCAUCGUAUUCAUGCUAAUCUACUACAGAUAUUUUCACCCCAAUGGUCGUAUGCCCCUCGUCAAUCGUGCGGCCAGGUGUUGUUGACUGUUCUGUUUCUAUAUCUAUCCACUUCCAACGUCUACAACCAUUUUUCUACUAGCAAUACAUAAACUUCCGGCCACUUGUUUGUCUGGGAUUCGGAACGUGGGGAUAAUAGGGUUGGACUUUUAAAAUAUAGAAGAAAAA